AUGUCGCUCCCUUCCAAACGUCGCCGUGUGAUCCUGCCCGCGCCAGGUGCUACGACCACGCAGGCCGGGAUCGUGCCGGCGCCGCAAACAACGGCAACGGUAACGACGACAACACACUCACACUCCGCCCACGGCCCAGACGGCUUCCCGAUUGAGCCUCCGAGGAAGGGGUCCGAUAGCAGUGAGGCAAGGAGUCCGAGUACCGAGUCAUCCGGCGAAGCCAAGCCUCGGUCGGGUACUUCGGGGUCAAAGAGGCAGGUCAUUGCCGUCGCCUGCGACAACUGUCGACGUAGGAAAGCAAAGUGUGACGGAAGCAGGCCAAAAUGCCAGCACUGCACCAAACGCAACGUCGAGUGCCACUAUGAGGCGAACCAGGGCGAGACCGUCAGUCUCGCCCUCAAGCGCAAGGCCAACGUCCUCGAGAACGAGAACGCCCAGUACCGCGACCUCUUCCGCAUGGUCUGCAGCAAGACCGAGGACGAGGCCCAGGAGAUCUUCCGCCGCAUCCGCGUCUCCGGGGACCCGCUCAAGGUUCUCGAGUCCAUCCGCCAGGCCGAGAUCCUGCUCCCCUCGCCCGCCGCCAACGAGCGCGUGAGCGAUUCAAGGUUAGCCAAGCUCAACGACAAGGCCAUGGAAAAUAGUCUGAUCCGCGUCCCCGCGAAACCCUGGACAGCCAUCGCAGACGACGGGCUCGUAUCUGAGCUCAUUACCGACUUCUUCAGCUGGGAGAACGCCAGCGCCUUCCCCGCCGUCGACCGCGACCUGUUUGUCGCCGACAUGCGGGCCGGCAACGUCAAGAAGGCAAAGUACUGCUCCCCCAUCCUCGUAAACGCCAUAUGCGCCCUGCGAAGUCCGUUUGUAGAACGAGCCGAGCAGUUUGGCGCCAUUACGGGGCAAGACUUGGCAAGGCGGUUCCGAGACGAAGUCAUGCAGCUAGUCGAGAAGAGCCAAGGCCGCGCGACGCUGCCGACCAUCAUCGCGCUUGUGCUCAUUGACUGGUCAGCCAGCAUUGCCGGCGAUGAGCCGACGGCGAAGAUGUAUCGCUACAUGGCUUGGGAGCGGUAUAAGCGCUUCAGGCCAGAGCGGAGGUUUUCUCAACUGAAAGAGGACGAUCCUCAGGAAGCGAGCGAGCGACUUGCUAUAUCAAAGGCAGUCUGGGCGAUUUUCUUCAUGGAAAGGUAG